GCAUUAGUCUCGGGUGUAGUGUUUGGCAGUAGAAGUGGACACCAGCUUGCUAGGAACAUUGAAUUGUCUCUUUGUGUCACAUUUGCAUUUGCAGGUUUUAAAAUAUUUGCAAACUAAAAUUGACGAGGAUGUGGAUUGCACAAUUAUCUCAACUAGUGGUGUCAGUUUUGGUGCUUUUCAUCAUCAACUCUCCUGGGGCAGUAGGUUCAGAUCUGUGGGACGGCGGUAAAGUAGUGGAUGGAAAAUGUUUUCUGUUGGUAAGAGAGCCAGCUACAUGGAACAGUGCCUUGUCAGCAUGUCAAAACAUGGGGGGUACUCUUGCAACGAUUACAUCAUUAACACAGUUGGCGGCGCUAAGAGCAGCGCUUAAUAUUUAUGACAGCGAAUUCUGGAUUGGUGCAAAUGAUCUAACGACUGAGGGAACCUUUGUUUGGACUGAAGAUCUGAGCUCGGCUAGUGUGAUAUAUAGUUGGUGGACAUCUGGUGCUCCGUUCACAGGGGACGGAAACGUAUGGUCCUGCGUCGUUAUUAAUUUGAGUGACCAGGUGUACGACCAACUAUGCAAUAGUUACACAACGUUCUACGUGUGCAUGGAACCAAAUUCACGUACUACAAAAUGUAUUGCUCCAACAACAACAGAGGAUGUUACCACGGCAACAACUGGAACUACAACACUCUCUGCUACUACUACGUCAUUUGAAACUACUAUGGAAACCACAGAACACCUUCCUACUACGAUGACGACUGGAACCACAAAAACUACAAGGCGAAAAUGCCAUAGAGGCUAAAAACAGGAAGUUUUAACAGUCAUAGCCUGACCUGUUAUCAAUCCUUGGAACGCAGCACUUGCUAAAAUAAUCUACAAAAUUCGCUAAAUAAUUUUAGAAUUCGGAACUAAAUUCUGCAUUAAAUUUCUAAGAAACAAAAAAUCAAUUCACAAAAAAUAAAGUUUAAAGCUUUUUUGAAAAUUAUUAUAUUCUAAUAAAAAAUUCGA